AUGCCUCGAAAACGGCGCGCUUCGACAUCGUCGUUGGAUGAAUAUCCUUCUGAGGAAAAAUAUAUGAAGGACGACAUGGACAGUCGCGCUCCCCGAAACGCUGCCAAUGCUCGUGAACGAGCAAGGAUGAGAAUAUUAAGCAAAGCGUUUUGCAGACUGAAAACAACUUUGCCAUGGAUACCAGCUGACAGCAAAUUAAGCAAAUUAGACACGUUACGAUUGGCCGCAACAUACAUCGCUCAUCUACGAGCAGUACUUCGAGAUGAUGGUGAAACUCAUACUGAAACCACUAAAUCCUUGUCGUUGGCUCUGUCAUGGCCAUUCGCUAUUCAAAGCAACAACACAGCCACGGUUAUGAACAACAGUUGCAACGUAUCUUCCUCGACGUCUUCGAGCUGUAAUCAGUAUCGAGGACAGCAAGUAACUCAUGAUAUCCAAAACUUCCAUCAUUCAGGUCAUCAGGGCGUGUCUACACGCCAUAAUCAGGAGCAACAGUUCUCUUAUUACUAA